ACAAAAUUCCACAUAAGAGGUGUAAAAUAAAAUUAAACAUUUAAAUUCAAUAUAUGUCUUCAUAUUUAGGAAAAAACAAAGCAAGUUUUUCAUUACAUUUAAAACAAGAUUAUCAUUGUAUAUAUUGGAUAUAUUAGAAUAUUCAAAAGGGAAUAUUUUCAAACUACCAACAAUUAUGAUAUAAAAGUCUGAAGGUAUUGUGUAUUGAAGACUUAAAAUCAUGUCAUCAGGAAUUUUAUCAGCAAGAAGUCGAAGUAUACGAGAAAAUGAGACGCCACUUUCUUUACCUCUUGCGGAAGAUUCUGAAAAGAGAGCAGUGGCUGCAGUCUAUAGAAAACAUGCAGAUUACAUAAAGCAAAAUGUCCAACUGACGAGAACACAUAUCAGGAAACUCCUAACAACUGGUGGUGUUAUAACUCAGAGAGAGUUUGAUAGUCUGUGUAGGAAGUCAGAUCCUGAAGCACUUGAUGAACUCCUUCAAGUCUUACCAAAGAAAGGCCCCCAUGGUUUCAAGGUGUUUGUGUUUGACAUUCUGUAUGAAGACUUCCGCGCUGUCGGUGAAUUCUUGGAUGAAAUGCUUCAUGCAGAAACAGAAGCUAAAAAAACAGGCCGCCCAACCUCCUCUGAAUCUGACCUGUCUCCAAUGUCACCUAACAAUGCAGAGGCAUCUUCUACCAAAUUUACCCCGCAGUCAACAGUGCCACGAAGACAGAGCAGCAUGUUACAUACAAGGUCAAAUGAAGACCUUGAAAGCCAAAUAGAUGAACAUCAGCACCAGAUCAACAGAAUAUUCAGCACCAUGAGCACCAACAUGAACUACAGACAAUUCAGAUGCCAGACACCAGAGCUAGCCACACUGGACAAGAUAGAAAGCCAUACCAAAAGUCUGUUGAAAAUUAUUGACGACUGUUGCAAGCAAUUUGAUUUACAGACUUCUAAGAAAUCCCUCAAAUCGUCAAUAAUCGAUCUGAAACUUGAUAGAGACAAUAUAUUCCGCAAAAGUAAAGAUCAAAGAAGUUUUCUGGAAACAAAGCUGAGAAAUGAGAGGGACAAGAAUGAGAAGCUGGAAACAAUGGUUAAAGAGCUUCAAGAGUUCAAAGACAUGUUUGAAGGGUACACAAAAGCAAGAGAAAUGAGUCAAGCACUUCGGGAGAUGAAAACAGAAAAGAAGAGAGUAACAGAUGAACUUGAAAAGAUAAAAGAGGAAAACAAACAGUUGUCAAGAACACUGGAAACAACCCAAGCAGUACUGGACAUAUACAAGGAAAAUGCUACAAGGGCUGAAAACGAACUGGACAGAUAUAAGAAACUUGUUACAAGGCUGGAGAAUGACAAUGGAGAAUUAUCUCUAAAACUGUGCACGUAUACUGACCUAACUUCAAAUGACAUUCAAUCCUCUAGUUUGACAGUGACCCAUGACAACAGGCCAAGUUCAAAACCGUACAGACCCCCGAAAAUAAAAAAGAAACGCCAACGUAAAAAGCACUUAGCUUAGUGAUAACAAAGGGUUAGAGAUUAACAAAAUCAAAAAGCAUAUAAAAACCUGCAAUAAGUAUUUACUCUGCUAUAUACUAUAUAUAUAUAUAUAUAUAUAUAUAAAUUAUAAAUGUUUUAAAAGCAAUCAUGAAUUCUAACAUGUUUUUCACAAUAACAUGUUAAUCUGUCUUGUAUUAAACAAUUUCAUUUUCAUAUAAUUCUUCUAACCUCAUUAUAAUUCCCUAAAAUAUAAAAAUGAUUGUUAAUUAAUUCCAUCUCUUUACAAGGAAUUUAUUUAACCCUUUCCCUCAUGUCAAAUCAAGCCAUAUUAGCCCCGCCAUUGCAUGGCUUAUCAGUACAUUGAUAACCAGUAGCAAAUGGAUAAUCAAAGCGCUAAAAGCAUUGAAUGGCUUCCGGCCUGCAACGUUUUGUGAGUAUAGUCAUGUAAUUGUAAAACAUAAUUAUUAACAUAAACAUCUAAAUAUAGUUUAUGCUCGCUUAUAAUUUCCUUCGCAAAAAAACUUUUAGAGUUUUAUGUUGAUUCUCAAGUAGAUCAUGUAUUCACUUAAAAUGUGUUUAUGCCAAAUAGUUACUUAUAAGGUAUAGAGUAAUUGUCAAUAUCAUAUAAAACCUUAUUUGGAGCUUUGGUUUCAUAAACAUUAUGCACUGCCACGCUCAAGACUUUGGACUGAGAUUACUGAGAAAAACAGAGAAAUAUUCACACACUUUCCGUUUCAUUCGGCAUUACAUGACUAUGACACAAAUUGUAGCAAUUUGAAAGCCCGUCAAUGCUUUACACAAUUUAAAUGGUAUAAGUGUAUAAUAUGCAUUUAGUAAUGGUAAAAGGUUGUUAGUAUGUACUUACACAAGAGAAUGGUUUUAUGUAACUCACAUUUUACAAAUACAAGUACAAACUAGA